GUGGGAAAUUUUCCCUCGCACUCUCAGCACAACAAUGGCUGCUUCUUCGUGCAGUAACAGUGGUGGCAAUGCCUACGACGUCCCUUGGGUUGAGAAGUAUCGACCCGCCAAGGUCGCCGACAUCGUCGGCAAUGAAGAUGCAGUCUCCAGGCUCCAGGUUAUUGCUCGCGACGGCAAUAUGCCCAAUUUGAUAUUAGCGGGUCCUCCUGGAACUGGAAAAACAACUAGUGUUCUAGCGCUUGCACAUGAACUUCUGGGGCAAAAUUUCAAAGAAGCUGUUCUUGAGCUAAAUGCGUCAGAUGAUAGAGGAAUUGAUGUUGUGAGGAACAAGAUCAAGAUGUUUGCACAAAAGAAAGUGACACUGCCUCCUGGGCGACACAAAAUAGUAAUACUGGAUGAAGCUGACAGCAUGACAUCAGGAGCUCAGCAAGCUCUGAGAAGGACUAUGGAAAUAUAUUCAAAUUCCACUCGUUUUGCUGUUGCAUGCAAUACGUCAUCUAAAAUUAUUGAACCAAUUCAGAGUAGAUGUGCUAUUGUGCGCUUUUCUCGAUUAUCUGAUCAAGAAAUACUUGGUCGUCUCAUGGUAGUGGUUGAAGCUGAAAAGGUGCCCUAUGUUCCUGAAGGCAUUGAAGCCAUUAUUUUCACAGCCGAUGGUGACAUGAGGCAGGCGUUGAAUAACUUGCAGGCAACACACAGUGGGUUCCGAUUUGUUAACCAAGAAAAUGUAUUCAAGGUUUGUGAUCAGCCGCAUCCAUUGCAUGUGAAGAAUAUGGUGCAUAAUGUGAUUGAAGGAAACUUUGAUGAGGCUUGCAUGGGCCUCAAACAACUUUACGAUUUGGGAUACUCGCCCACUGAUAUAAUCACAACACUUUUUCGUAUAAUAAAGAAUUAUGAUAUGGCUGAGUAUCUGAAACUGGAAUUCAUGAAGGAAACUGGGUUUGCCCACAUGAGAAUUUGUGAUGGAGUUGGUUCUUAUCUUCAGCUCUGUGGUCUGUUGGCUAAGUUUUCUCUGGUUCGUGAAACAGCUAAAGCUGUUUGAGAAUGUCCUUAUCACAACCGAUUUUGUCAUCGUUUUGCCAUUUACACUUUCGGAUAAAUGUUCCUAAUGUUUAAAUGCUUGUGUUAAUCGUUAGUAAAAAAACAAAACAUUAAUGUUAGCUUGAAUCGAUAAAUCAUUUUUGUGUUAAUAGCUAGCUAUAUGAUAUUCUUGCUCGAUGUUCCAGCCAAUCAAGCAUUAUGUGCCGUAGCAUCUGGAGCAUGUAAUAUGUUGCUUGAGGCUUAAUGUAGUUAAUGCAUGUAGUCUG